GACAGCGUGUUAUUUAGGAUGAUUACUGCUGUUUGGUUGAUUGCUCAAAUCAGCAGAGCACUCACCACGGGAAAAGUGAGGAAAAUCGAGCAGGAGGAGGCUUUCUUGUUACCAGAAGUCACGCAACAGAUAUACGAUAUGAUGACGAUGAACCUGAACGUCGACCCUGCGUACAUAGUGGACAGGAUAUCGUGGCACUUCGAUGGCUCGUUCCGUGACAACAUCAACGCUAUCGUGAGAGAAUAUAGAGCAGCACGGAAUUUACAUCCUGUGAAAAUAAUUGUUCUGGGACCUCCAGCGUCAGGGAAGACCAGGGUCGCCCAAUACCUCGCUAAGCAUUACGAUAUACAUUAUAUUCACGUGAAGUCGCUCAUCGAGGACACGAUUCGGAAGCUGACAAGUGAAAUCGAGGAUGCAACGACCGUGGCUGAAGGAGAAGAGGUUAAAGAAGCAGGCGGAGGUGAUCGCGUUGACGACGACGAGGACCUCGAAGAAGAGGAAGCUGCAGUCGUCGAAGAGCUACAGGAAUUAUUAGAUGAAAUACAACAGAACAUGCAGAGGAACAAAGGGCGUCUCGACGACGCUCUUCUGAACAAAUUGUUUCUGAGGAGGCUUCGCUCCAAGGACUGUCGAAAUCAAGGAUACGUUCUCGACGGAUAUCCGAAGACUUUGGAGCAAGCUGCGACGCUCUUCGCUGGAGAAAAUCUGAACGAACUCGAAGAGGAAGACGAAGGCAUGGACGAAGAGGGCACAGACGCUGGCGACGUUGGUCACACGAUCAUGCCUGAGUUGGUGGUGUCAUUGGAGGCGAGCGACGAGUUCCUGAAGGAACGGAUAAUCCAGCGACCGGAGAGGGAGAUUCAGGGUACUCAUUAUACCGAGGAACACAUGUUACGGCGGUUGAAGGAGUACAGGAGCAGAAACACCGACGAGAACACACCUUUGCAGUUCUUCGACGAAAUUGAAAUUCACCCGCUGAUCAUCUCGGUGGAGAACGACGUUUGUCCAGACAUGUUUCCCUCGAUUCAUCAGUGUCUCGAGAGACUUGGCCCGCCGAGGAACUACGGACUAACCGCGGAGGAGGCGAGGGAUGCGCGAAAGCGCGCCGAGGAGGAAGCGCAAAAAACGGAAACCGCCGCAAAGCUGAAACAGGAGAGAGAGGUCUUGGAACGCAGGAGGGAACGCGAGCAGAAAAUGGAGGAAUGGACGAGUCUGAUGGAGAAACUGAAGGAGGAGGAAGAAGAAAGACUCAGCCUCAUGGGAAUGCCUUUGAGACACUACCUCGUGAAGUACAUCUUGCCCACGUUGACACAAGGUCUCAUCGAAGUUGCAAACUUAAGACCUGACGACCCGAUCGACUUUCUCGCCGAGUACUUGUUCAAGGAAAAUCCAGAGGGGAAGAUGUUCGAGCCCGAUUUCACAAAAACGAUGCAGUCUGUCCUGGACGUGAUUGAAAAGUUCCAAGGAGAGGUUCUACCGCCGGAGGAGCUGGACGACAAAAUAAUGGAGCUGUUGAAACAACAGGGCGAGCAACACGGCGAGGACGAAACGUCGGCCAGCAGCGGGGUGGAUGUUUGCGGGAGUAGAAAAGUCACCCCUUGCUUCACCCCAUGCUUCGCCUACGACGACACGAUAUCGUACGAGAGGGAGGGUGAAACCGAGUCUGUUGAAACAGAGGACUACUGCCAGAACCAGCUGUAGGGUAUAUUACCCAACGUUAGUUAUGUGAAAGCAUUAUGGUUACAUGAUUUUUUGUUCUCAGA